AUGGACUGUCUUGAAGCAUUGGCACCUGCACAGAAACAGAAGCUGCUACACUUUCUAACUGUGACUCGACUGACGGCUGUGUUUGAAAUAUUAUCUCCCUUGCAUCAGCAUGUGGAGGAUUUGUCCUUUUUAAAAAAGCCCAUAUUACAGUUCAUUGUGUGGACGACAACAGAUUUGGAACCUAAGCCAGAGCAUCAUUUAUGUGCAUUCCCACCACAUAUAGGAAUAGAGAUUGCAAGAACUCUCGGCCUGACAACUGUAGGAUAUGAGUUGCUGAAACCUUCUCAGGUAUUGGAUAAAAUGAAACAGAUUAGACAAGGCUAUCAGUUUGAAGGGGAAGUUCUCUAUUUCCUCGAUAGUGGGAAUCAUGUCAUUGGACUGCUAAAAAAGAAAACAGUGUGGUACAUAAUUUGUAGAGCCAUCAGAGAAAAAGCAAGAGCUUCAGCCUCAGGAAUGAUUAAACAGAAAUGUGUGUUCUCCAUAACUAAAUCAGUCAGACAAGUAGAGCAAAGACUCAGUGAGAUUCAAAGUUGGCUAGGAUUGAGUGAUUCAGAAAUAACCCAGUGGAAGAAUGUUGGAAUUUCUUUUCUAAAAUGGACCAUUAAGCAAACAGAGCUUCAGCAACUAAGUGUAACAGAUAUUGUGGAGAAAUUUCCAGUUAUCUGGAAGAGACAUCUUGAGGAGAGUGGUCUCACAGAUCACAUUAAGGUGGAGUGUUCAAGUGAGUCAUUGGGUGACUCAUGUGAAAGUUAG